CUGUUAUUAUGAUGCAACUACAUUCGUAUUUUAUUUCUUCACAACAAUUCCAGUUUAUCCGAGUUGAUAUAAUUUCAACCAGUCUUUCUACACCCGAAAAUUCAAUAUGCAUAUAUGACGUGGAUUAUUCUCAGUACAGUAGUACGUUAUCAUUAUCCACUACACCACCGCCGUCGUAUGAAGUGGCUCUAACAGAUCCGCCCCCACCUCUGCCACCGUGUGACUGUUAA